AUUAGAUUUAUCUUUAUUAAAAGGCAAAACCGUCAUUGACUAUCUACAACUGUGGAAAAACCGAUAGCCAUUUAGAUAACCUCUGUUAUCGUCGUUCAUUCACGCCUCACUCCACCAAUGGCUUCUUCUCUCCACCAAAACCCCACCUUCCUUAAACCCCACCACCACCCUCAAUCCCCAAAACCCACCACCACCACACGCCGGAGCUACAUCCCGGUACAGUGCGGAGGACCGCGUUCCCAGCGUGGACCACUAGUAAAAGGCCGUUUCCUAAGCAUCGAAGCAAUCCAAGCCAUCCAAACCCUAAAACGCGUCCAACGAACCAACCCACCGAACCAAACUCAACUCCUAACCAACACGCUAACCCGCUUAAUCAAAUCCGACUUAGUCGCAACGUUAAAGGAGCUUCUACGCCAACAACAAUGCACGCUCGCACUCCGUGUCUUCUCUGCCGUUAGAUCUGAAUACGGAGCAAAUCUUUCUCUCUACGCGGAAAUCGUGCAGGCACUCGGCAAUUCCGGUAUGUCGGAAGAUGUGGACCGUUUGAUUAACGAGAUUGAGGAUGAAGGUGGGAUUAGAGUUGAUGAGGAUCAGAGGAAAGGGCUUUUGUAUUUGAUUAAAAGUGUUAUCGGAGCAAAGAGAAGAGAUUCGAUGAUUAGGGUUUAUGAGAUGAUGAAGAGAAGUGGGUGGGGUUCUGAUGUUGAACCUGAUGAGUAUAUUGUUAAGGUUUUGAUUAAUGGGUUUAAGGGUUUUGGAGAUGAAGAACUUGCCCAACAGAUUCAAAAUGAGUAUGAUAGGUUUUGUAAGAACAAAUUUGACUCAUUUGGGGUGUAGUAAAAUUGUUGUGGUGAUAAUUUUUUUUGUUUAUGUUGGGAUUAUUCUAGAACUAGAGCAACACAUUUAACCGAUAGUGUUUAUGUAAUAUGUAAUGUAGAAAUGAGAAAAUAUAUGAACACAAAUUGAAUUGUUGUAUAAGAUGUUUAAAAUUAGAAAUGAGAGAGAAUACUAGGAAGUGGGUUUUAGAUAA